AUGUCUGAUCUUAGCAGUCAAUCAAUUGCAACGUUUAAAAAGCACCUAGCCUCUCAACCUAUUUAUGCAUCUCCAAAGAUUACAAAUAAUGCGGCUUCCUCGAUUUCACAAGGUUCUGCACAAAGGUCAAAUGCAGAUCCGUUACCAAUUUCUAAGAAAAAGAAACCAAAGCCUGUUUAUUCGCAACCAAGUGAUACUGGCGUCGUAAGACAUACUUUGAGUCAGCUUCAUAAAGAUAGAAUGGAUGUCCCACAAACAGCUAAAGAUCUCAAAACAAACAAUAUCGCUGAUAUCAUUUCCAAUAAAGACCUUUAUAACCUUAUGAUUAAAAAUGAAAAAAUCAAGUAUAAUAGUGCUGAUUGUACAUUUCAAUACAAGGAAGAUUUGUUAAACCUUUUGAAAGAAAGACAAGAAAAAGUUGGGGCUUCGUGUGGAAUGCCAUUUAGGGAAUUAGACGAUUGCAUAGAUUUGUCAAAUGCGAUUCAGGAAUUAGAAAGUGAGGGUAAAAUAAUGGUGAUACGUCUGAUGAAGGAUUCAUCACCUCGAUUAUUAUAUUACAAUGACCUAAAGUAUAAUACUCCUAUGGACAAAGGUUUGUUAUAUUACAAUGACUCUACACCUAUGGACUUAUUACCAGAUGAGAUUGAUUUGAAGAAAUCACUUGAAGACGCUGGUUUACAAACUAUGGCGGUACUCGAGAAUAAAACUCGUGCCGAAGACAGACCAAAACAGCGAAAGAGAAAACAAACAAAUAGAAAACUUAAGAUUACCAAUACUCAUCUGGAAAAUUUUCUUAUGCCGACAAAAUCUUAA